AUGGGUAUCAUACGACGCAAGAAAAGAGAACCGCGAUUGACGCUAAAAAUUAACGCCCUGCAGGCUCACAACAUCACAGUAGAGAACUCUGGUUGUAACCCUAUCUGUGUGGCAAUCAGCAAUGGUAAGUUCAGUCGAACUGCCAAACAAAAGAACACCAGCUCGCCGUCAUGGAACCAAGUGCUUAAAUUGAAAUUACCCCGGAAAUCAGCAUCGGAGUAUGUACGCAUAGUGGUCUACGACGUUUUGAGCAACGCUGUCGACGAUAAUGCCGUUGAUAAUUUACGGUCUCAAGAGGAAGCAUCCCGCAAUUACGAUAGUUCCAGUCGUUACCUUUACUUGGGCGAACUGCGGAUCUCACUGCGAGAUAUAUUUCGACGCAAAGAUCAACCUACAAGCUACAAUUUUUCGAAAAAUGCUGCUUGGUACCCACUCUUCAACCGCAAUAGCUUGAAAUUCAUGCAUCAUGACAUCCAGAAUGCCCCACCAUAUCUUGCAACAGGGCAAAUUCAAUUGGCCAUUUCGUUGAGUUGCACCCGGGGAACAAGCCUCAUCAAAGCCUUCAAUGAGUGGAUUACAGAUACCUCGACUAAUUCAUCUUCUGCUUCUUCUUCUUCAAGGCCAGGUCUUGUAAACAAAAGCUCUGCCAAACUUGCUAAUUCGGAGCUACCCUCUAGUUCCACCACGGUGGGCGACUCAAUAAGUACCAAAGGAACCCCGGUUGAUGACGGUGACGAUGAAAGCGUGACGGAUUUCGAGGAAAUAAUUCAAGAAGACCCAGAUAUCGACGAAGCGCUUGGAAGUUAUAGUGAGAUCAACGACGACGAUGCCGAUGAAGAGGAUUUCGAUGUUGAGGACAUCGAAGGUGAUGAAAACGUCGAUUUCGAUGGGGUUGAAGGCAACAAUGUGGACACUGAAAAGUUUCUAGGACUUCUAGAAUACGAGGACCCAGUCGACGACCCUGAAGACAUAAGCUCCACUGACGAUGUAGAUAGCAACCACCUCGAUUUGGCCAAGGUUGCAACUGCUCUCGACGAAUACGAUGUGGCGUUGUCAAAAUCUGAUCUUGAAAUCUCUGCGGCACCUUCUACCAUCAAAACACCCUCUUACUUUACAAAGGGCGGGAGUGACGACACGAGCGACGCGAAUUCGAUCAAAACCAAUCGAUUUCUUUCUUUACGCAAUCGUCGUCGUAGGCCCCACCGAUCCCGCCGUGGAAUGGUUACUGAGAACUAUGAGCUAUCGAAACAAGGUCAUGCCACUGGUGUGGUAUUCAUGGAUAUCGAAAGCAUCGUUAAUUUGCCAGCUCUGAAAAACAAGUUUUCCAAAACUUACAUGAUGGAUCCCUUUGUUGUCGUUGCAUUUGGUCGGAGAGUCUUCAAAACAUCUUGCAAAAAACACUCGCUGAACCCUACCUUCAACGAGCGGCUCGCUUUUGAAGUUUUCCCUAGCGAGACGAAUUUCAGUUUCCAUUUCAGAGUCAUUGACAAAGAUUCAUUUUCGUACCACGACAAAGUAGCUAGUGGGGACAUGUCUUGGAGUGAAUUGAUUCAAAAGCAUAAUGGUAGGCAUCACGGUGACGAAUGGACAUCUUUAAAAAUACCUCUCAAUUUUAGUGACUCAAUUGACUCUAAUAGUUCUGAACCCGUCCUGAACAUAAAAUUCAAGUUUGCAGCUUACUCGGAUUUGAAAAAGCAUUUUUGGGAAAGAGCUCUCAACAGGCUCUGUAAAACCGACGCACUUGAUGUUGUUGAAGUCAGUCUAUUGAUGGAAAAGUUGGGUACGUUUUCUUAUGACGAAAUCAAUGACUUCUUCUAUCAUUUCAACAAGUCACCUUGGUCUCAUGACGUGCUAACCAAGAAAGAAUUGGUUACCUAUUUGCAGUUUUCCAAAGGAUCUUCCGGGUUUAAGGGAAUUAGAAGAUGCCCAUUGUGCUCUCGCCGUUGUAAAACCACCAAACGUAGUGCAAGCAUCAAGUUAUUGCCCGAAAAUGACCUGAUAACGCAUUUUUCGAUAUGCUCAUCCAGCGAAGAUAGAAGAAGAAUGUUGAGACCCUCGUAUGUGUCGUCAGACUUUGCCACGAAACGAUGGUUUUCCAAAUUUUUGAUAAAGCUGACAUACGGGAAAUAUGCCUUGGGCUCGAACAAUGCCAACAUUCUGGUCCAAGACAGGGACUCUGGGAUUGUGCUAGAAGAGAAAAUAAGUGCACACGUCAGGCUUGGCAUUCGGAUUAUCUACAAUGCCAAAGGAACACAAUCAAAAAAAUUCAAAAAUCUAUUGAAGAACCAGUCUAUAAAGCAGGGAAGGAAGUUUGACAGUCCUUCCUCAGUCAAACAAAUUGUUCCCUUCAUCAAAUUUCACUCGCUGGACCUUUCUGAAUGUGAAGAGACGCCUUAUGGGACUUUCAACGAGUUCUUUUUCAGGAAACUCAAGCCAGGAAGCAGAUCACCGGAAGUUGACGAUCCCCAAGUGUUGCUUUCUCCGGCUGAUAGUAGAUGCACCGUCUUUUCAACCAUCAAAUCUUCGAAAGAGGUCUGGAUCAAGGGCAGAAAUUUCACACUUGCAAAGCUCACUGGCAAUCAUCAUCCUGAAAUCUUCAAUGACGCUUCGUGUAGCAUUGGCAUUUUCCGCCUGGCACCUCAAGAUUAUCAUCGAUUCCAUUCUCCAUGCAGCGGUGUAGUUGGAAAGCCGCUUGAAAUCUCUGGGGAGUAUUACACCGUCAAUCCAAUGGCGGUCAGAACAGAACUGGACGUCUUUGGUGAAAAUGUGCGUACUGUACUGCCAAUCCAUUCUCCAGAGUUUGGUACGAUUUUAUACAUUGCCGUUGGUGCAAUGAUGGUCGGGUCAAUCAUUUUCACUUGCAAAGAGGGUCAAAAGAUCGAACGGGGACAAGAAUUGGGGUACUUCAAGUUUGGAGGAUCGACCAUACUGCUUGUCAUAUCGUCGCAAAACGUACUUUUCGAUACUGAUCUGCUCCAAAACUCGCACGAACAGAUCGAAACUCUGGUGAAAGUCGGCAUGAGCGUGGGGCACACGCCUGGCGUGCAGGAACACAAGCGUGAGAAGCACGUUCCGACGAGCGAGGCCGAUAUUGACAGAAUAAAGCGCACGAUAUCCGUUUCUGCAGAGUCUGCUAAUCAUGUAGGCAACGUGAGUUGGGAAUUUCGCGAUUUGCGAAAACGACUAGAGGCUAGAACAGAAAUAACCAAUCCUGCUGAAGUGUCAGAUCCCACAGAAGCAGCUGAUGAUCUCGAACUUUCCAGUAUAAUUGAUCGAUAA